AUGGACCCCUUCUUUGCGAAACAGGAACCCAUUGAUUCGACCGACAUCAUCUUGACCGUUGAUUCUCCAACCCCCAAGGCCAACGACGAACCAAAUGGCGCAGUCUUGAUGAACGGAGACAACGCGGAUGAACAGGAGCAGGGAAGCCCUACCAAGAAGUCCGAGGCCAAGUAUCCUGGCAAGAAGGCUGGUCCUUUUGACCCAAUUCCGAUGAGUUACAGGGGGAUUGGUCUGGAGAACAAAUUGAUUCUGUGCAUGAAAGAGACCGAGGGGAAGGACUGGGCUGAGAUGAAGAGAGCGCUUGAGGAGAUUACGGGAAACAAGUUGGGAAGUAGCACGGUUUGCAUGAUACGAUAA